GACAUGGGCGGGUGCGGGCGAUAUUUACACCGCAAACCUGAAGUGCAAACCACUCUCUGCUCUGAACUUCUGAAGCUUGCUGAACUGGAGCAAGCUUUGAGAGCAAGACGAGCCGGCGGCGCCAAUGGCGGCGGUGACGGGCGUUCACCGUCACCACUGGUCGGGCUGGAGGAUUGGGGGAGGUUCCCAGUUCGUUCCUCGGAAAGUUAUGCACACCAAUGGCGGCGGCGCGGCGCGUUCGCUCGGCCUCGGCCUCUCCCCAACCAAAGGGGCGGCGCUGGUAUUUCUCUUCCUCCUGCUCAUUGACGGUGCCCUGCUUGCCGCGUCUGCCACCACGGACACCAUCCUCCCCGGCGAGGGCAUCUCCGGGAACGAGACCCUGGUCUCCAGGAGCGGCGGCUUCGAGCUGGGCUUCUUCUCCCCAGGCCCCGGCAUCCACUACUUCCUGGGUGUCCGGUUCCGGAAUAUGGGCCACAGCCCUACCUUCUGGCUCGGGGACAGGGUCGUCAUCACCGACCUGCCCGCCGCGUCGCUGGAGAUCUUCGCCGACAGUCUCUGCAUCAAGCAGAAUGGAGCCAGCCUCCGGUGCAUGCCGUCGCCGGGCGGCAAUGUGUCGUCCGCCGCCGUGGCGGUCCUCCUCGACAACGGCAACCUGGUGGUGAGGGACCAGGGGAACUCCUCCCUGGUCCUGUGGCAGAGCUUCGACUACCCCAGCGACGCGCUGCUCCCCGGAGCUAGGCUCGGGCUCGACAAGGACACCGGGAAGAACGUCUCGCUGACGUUCAAGAGCUUCUCGCACAACGGCAGCCUCAGCGUCGACGCGAACCGCAGGAACGGGUUCGUGCUCACCACCGACGGCCAUGCCAACCGCGGCACCUUCCCGGACUGGAUGGUGUCCUCUCAAGACAAUGGCAGCUCGCUGCUGCUCAAUCACAGGGAGGGCCUGAACAGUACCGAGUUCUUGCAGUUCCAUCUGGGGCAAGUCAGCCUAAUGCGGUACUCGGAGCCGGAUCCCGCCGGAAACGGCACCGGUGGUUGGGUUGCUCGCUGGUCCUUCCCUUCCAAUUGCAAGUCCGGCGGGUUCUUCUGCGGUAAGUUCGGCGCCUGCACGAGCAGCGGGAAGUGCGGCUGUGUGGGCGGGUUCACGCCGUCGUACCCGAUUGAGUGGGGGCUUGGGUACUUCGUCAACGGCUGCUCGAGGUCUCUCCCGCUGAGCUGCGAGUCCGACGGCCAGACGGAGCACGAUGACUCCUUCGCCCCGUUGGACAAGCUGCAAGGGCUUCCUUACGACGCCCAGGAAGAGAUGGCCGGAACUGAUGAAGUCUGCAGAGAGGCUUGCCGGAGCAAAUGCUACUGCAUCGCCUACUCGUAUGGCGGCCAUGGAUGCAAGCUAUGGUACCACAACCUGUAUAAUCUGAGCUUGGCUGCCAGGCCACCGUACAGCAAGAUCUACCUCCGUUUGGGCCCCGCGCCCAGGAACAAGAAAGGCUUGCAAGCAAGAGGAAUUGCAUUAUUGGUCACUGGAUUGAUAUGCUUUGCUUCCUUGAUACUGAUAAUGGUGCUGCUAUGGAGAUUCAGGAGGAAUUCGCUUGCCGCCGGGAAGUUUGAAGUGGAAGGCCCUCUUGUGGUCUACACUUAUGCACAGAUCAAGAAAGCCACGAUGAAUUUCUCCGAUAAAAUCGGCCAGGGGGGAUUCGGAAGUGUUUUCAGGGGAACGCUGCCGGGAUCAACAGACAUCGCUGUGAAGAAUCUCAAAGUAAUCGGGGAAGCAGAGAAGCAGUUCAGAACAGAGGUGCAGACACUCGGAGCGAUCCAACAUAAUAAGCUGGUCCGUCUGCUGGGAUUCUGUGUCAAGGAGGACAGAAGGUUGCUCGUCUAUGAGUACAUGCCAAAUGGCUCCUUGGACGCUCAUCUCUUUAGGGAGAAAUCUGGUGUGUUGAGUUGGAACGUUCGCUACCAAAUUGCACUGGGCAUCGCCAAGGGUCUCGCCUAUCUGCAUGAAGAAUGUGAGGACUGCAUCAUACACUGCGACAUCAAACCCGAGAACAUACUGCUCGACGCGGAGUUCUGCCCCAAGAUCGCCGAUUUCGGCAUGGCGAAGCUGCUGGGACGGGAAUUCAACUCCGCGCUGACCACCAUGCGAGGAACCAUGGGAUACCUCGCGCCGGAGUGGCUGUCCGGGCUGCCCAUCACCAGGAAGGCCGACGUGUACAGCUUCGGCAUUGUGCUCUUCGAGAUCGUCUCGGGGAGAAGGUGCACUGAGGUGGUGAAAAUUGGGAGCCAUCGGUAUUUUCCUCUCCACGCGGCUGCGCAGGUGAACGAAGGGGAGGUUCUGUGCCUGCUGGACGCUCGGCUGGAAGGCGAUGCUAAUGUGGAGGAGCUGGAGGUCAUCUGUAGGGUCGCCUGCUGGUGCAUCCAGGACCAGGAGAACGAUAGGCCGUCAAUGGGGCAAGCUGUUCGCAUGUUGGAAGGUGUCGUGGACGUUGAUAUGCCUCCAGUACCAACUUCGCUUCAGGACCUUAUGGAGGGUGAUGGAAGUGAUAUAUAUCCUGAUUCCUGAAGAAGGUUGCUAGAGAAAUCCAAUUCCGGAUUUGUUGGAUCUGAAUCUGAAUAUGUGUUCAGAUUUGUUUCCAAUUACAGACUACAAGCCCUCUACUAAAAAGUAUUGAAAACUCAUUUGUACACCGUACAAAUUCCCUCUGUGGAAUGUUGUAGGGAUUCAGCGAAGUCGGAACAAGAAGAAACAGUCUUCUUGCAGACUCUCCAAUGCAUCCCUCUACCAUGGACUGACAAAGAUGUCCAAGGCCGGUCGACAGACUCUCCAUUGAGGUUCUACACGUGAUCCAAAGGCCCAGAUCUUAUAAAGUCAAAACUGAAGCCCUGACUUUCUAGACUUGUAGUUUUUCAGCAGAUUCAGUGAUAAAACAGCAGCAACUAUGCCCUCCACGCUACGAAAAUUGUACAACAGAUAACUGGUAUUCGUUGCAAAUAUGGUUCUUAAUUAAAUAUGAAGAAGACUUUUUUUUGCGAGGGAAA